CUGUGGCCUAAAGUGUUUAAUUCGCCGUAUUUUUGAGCAAAAGGCUGCGGAACUGCUUUAACGAUGGCAGACAGAGAAAGGAUGGCAUUCGAUUUACUAAACGACGACUGUUUGCUCGAUGUCAUAAAAAGGCUGGAAUUCCCCGAUCAACUGUCACUGCUGUCUUUAACGCCAGCAUUGACUGAAAAUGUGCGCUACGAAUGGCGUAACUACACAAAAUAUGUUCUAGAUGCCCCCGAACUUAUAAAGCUGCAACGAAAUCCGGAGCAUUUACUGCAACUGUCGGAGAUUAUCAACUCUACGGUGCAGGAGCUGGUCAUAGACUAUGGAAAAGUGGAACAUUUACAACCAUGGAAGAAACAUAGCUUUUCCAGCAUCCGCACGCUGAAAUGCUCGCUGGACGACGAGGUAGAUCCAGCAGAGGGUAUUAGGCUACUGGUGGAACUGUUUCCGGCACUGACCUCGCUCAAAUUGGAAGGUCCCAUCAGCGGAAUAGAUAUGUGGCAUUGGACAGAGCUACAAGAUUUAGAUUUGAGUGGUUGUUAUGAUUUGGAGCCGCAAUACUUUAAGCAAAUCUUCGGUACAUUGAAAUUGGAAAAACUGAACUUUGCGGUAGGACAGCGUCAGUCGUAUCUGGAAGAGGCGUUAAGUAUAGCCAGCUGCAGAACACUGCAAGAACUUCAAAUCGAUGAUUUCUAUGUUACGGAAGUUUUCAUCGCACAUUUGAAUAUGCUACCCAACUUCCGGAGGCUGACUAUGCGAACCACUGGUAAUCCCAAAAUAGAAGCAAUUGUUAACUUGAUGUCAUAUCGAAUUACGCAGGCACAGUUCAACGAUGCCAUUUGGACAUGUCCUGCUCACGUGCUGCAAAAGCUCACUUCAUUGGAAUUAUUGGCCAUUAUCGAGGAUGACAUAGAGUCAAGUGACAUCACUUUGCUAGUCUCUAAUCUGCCGAGCCUGAAACAAUUACAUUUGAUUAACACGCAAAUUUGGCGUGUCGCCGCAGACUUGUGGAAUAUGGUUAACUUAUGUCCUUCAUUGGAGCUGAUUAAUUUGACAGGCAUGCAAAUGUAUGAAGACUUUUUUGAUGUAAUAGGGGAAAAAAUGGAGUUGUCCCUGCGAAACCGCGAAAAGCCCUUGAUCGUAAAUUUGCACAAUACCGGAGACCAAGAACACCUGAUUAUUAAAUACUUCAAACAUCCAAAUUUAAAGAUUUCAUUCGAGCCACUGGAAAUGGAUUUUAUUGAGGCUUCUUUCAUACAACUUGAUUUCAAUUCCAAAUAGAUAAUUGUAAAUACACAUUUUUAGUUUAUUAAGUUAGGAUCAUAAUUUAAAUUUUAGUAUUGACCAAAAACCAUGUAUAAGAAAAUAAAGCUCUUUUGUGGAAGUGUUGAUACAACUAAA